AUGGAACCAAUAACCGCAGCAUCGCCCGAUCUUGCCCUGACAACGAUCACCUCCAAACAAUCAAGGUCAAGGAGCCACGACGCCGAACACCUCAGGACAACAAAGACACCAUCUCAUCACUCAGUUGAGGAGCAACCGACUGCCGGCGCACCCCCAUCAGGUCCCGAACUCCACGAUGCCAUCCACCCGGACGGCGGCCUACGGGCCUGGCUAGUCGUCCUCGGCUCAUUCUGCUUCCUAUUCCCGACCUACGGCUGGAUGCAAUCCAUCGGCACCGUGCAGACGUACCUCGAGACGCACCAGCUCUCCGCCUAUACGAACCGCGACGUCGGCUGGAUCCCGUCCGUCUUCACCGCGCUCGCGCUGCUGUUGGGCAUCUGGAUCGGGCCGCUGUUCGACCGUCGGGGGCCCACGGCCCUCGGCAUUGUCGGCGCGGCCCUGUACGCCGCGCACUUCUUCCUCCUGGCUGAGUGCACGACGUACUGGCAGUUCAUGCUGUGUCUUGGCCUGCUGGGCGGUAUCGGUGCUGCUAUCGUGUCUAAUGUCGCCAUGAGCGUUAUUAGUAAUUGGUUCCUGCGGAGGCGGGGACUGGCCAUGGGCAUCGUGCUGUCAGGUUCGUCUGUCGGCGGCACGGUGGUAUCCAUUCAGCUACAAUCCAUCUUCGAGAGGCUCGGUUGGACGUGGUCCAUCCGAAUCGUCGGUUUUAUCGAGCUCGCCCUCCUGAUCGUGGGGAACCUGUGUAUCAGGCCAAACCCGCGCCUCGCGGCUGUUUCCCGUGCUGCGCCUGACCCGGCGAGGGACAAGAAGGAAAAGACCAAGGUCAUCGACUUCUCUGCCUUCCGCUCCGGGCCCUUCACCCUCAUCACCGUGUCGCUCUUCGCCAUGGAGUUUGUCAUCUUCGGCGCCACCGGCCUCCUGCCCACAUACGCCGCGAUCGCCGGCUUCCCGCCGUCGGCAAGCUUCUACGUGAUAUCGAUUCUCAACGCGGCCUCGUGUUUUGGACGCACGCUGCCGGGCCUUGCCGGGGACUACUUUGGACCCUUCAACGUCCUGAUCGUCAUGCUCGUCUUCACGCUGCUCAGCAUGCUGGUCGUGUGGCUGCCCUUCGGCGGCACGUACCUGGUGGCUUUCUACGUGUUCGCCGCGCUGUGGGGCUUUGGGACCGGGUCUUUCCUCUCGUUGACGCCUGUCUGCGCGGGGAAAACGUGCGACACGAAAAACUUCGGCCGCUAUUUCGGCACCAUGUACUUCGUGGUCAGCUUCUCCUUGUUUAUCACCAUUCCCCUUGGCGGGCAGAUGUUGCAGUCUGUUGGCACGAAGGCAUUGCCCGCCUUUACAUCGCCGUCCUGGGACUGGGCGGGUUCUGCUUCCUGUGGGCGAGGUGGACUAUUCUGGGUCGCAGCUGGGCUGUUCGUGUCAAGGUUUAAGGGUGAGGUCAUCUUGAGUAGCUAG